AUGGCAGACCCAGGGGCUUCUGCCUACCCCCCAAGUUAUCCCCCACCAGAGGGCUAUGCCUAUGCCUACGGUGCGCCACCUCCAGGCUAUCCGCCGCCCAGUGGCUAUCCGCCAUCCGAUCCCUACAGCGGUUACCCAGCCGCCUAUGGAGCUCCACCUCCAGGCUAUGCCCCGCCGCCCAGCUAUGGCUAUGCCCCUCCCCCUGCGGGCUAUGCCCCACCGGCAGAUGCCUAUGGCGCGGCCUAUGGGGCACCGCCCAGCUAUGGUGCACCGCCGCCCAGCUAUGGCGCGCCGCCACCGGGUUAUGGGGCGCCACCGGGCUAUGGAGCUCCAUAUGGCUCUGGAGCCACCUCUUCUUCAGCACCAGGGUACGGAGCGUUAGAGAAGACCUCAUCCUCCGGCCGACGAGAGCAAACUUCGGCUCCCCGAAGAGAUCGGGACAGAGAAAGAGAGCCGCGAAGAGCGCCGGCCAGGAGUGAGCCAGGUGACAAGAACAACAAGAAGGGUGAGAAGAAGGGGAAAGGAAAGGGCAAGUCGAAGGACAAAGGUUCGAAAGGUGAGAGGAAAGACAAGCCGAAACAGCAAGAAGGAGGUGAGGAGCAGCCUCAGGACGGCAAGGCUGAAACAAAGGAGGGCAAAACCGAUGGCAAAGGAGAAGGUAAAGAUGGUAAAGGCGAAGGCAAAGGAAAGGGAAAGGGCAAAGGAAAAGGAGGAGGCAAGGGCAAAUUCAAGGGCAAGGUGGCCACCAAAAUAGCGUGGGGAGAGCCUUGCUUCGUUGGACGCUUGCGGACCUACAAUGCGGAGAAGAAGGCCGGCGUCAUAGCUUGCGCUGAAGCUUACGCCAUGUGUGGCCAAGAAGUCUAUGCCUAUGGUUCCGUUUUGGAGACGGCCAACGUGGGGGUGGGAGACACCUUGGUGUUCUUCAUCCAUUGGCACUUCGCCCCAGAGAAUUUGGGGAGCGUAGCCGCGGCCAUGCGGGGACUGUUUGUGAGAACUCGUAAAGUUGGAACAUGGUUUCUGUUGAAGGUGCCAAAUGACUACAACUGUUUGUUGCUGGGGAGAAUUUGUUACAAGAUGAUACAAGAUGCAAUAGAAAGCAAUGUCCUUCGGUCUGUCUUCGACAUCGAUAUUUACUUUCCUCUUGGAGGAAAAGUUCCCAUUUGUCUUGGCAUUCUCAUUUGGUGGCUGAGGUCCAACUGGGGUCAGCCGCAGGCGUCCUAUGAGCUGGGCAUCUCAAGUGCUGUGGAUGCUGACGUUCCGUGA